AUGAUUGACAAGCCCACCGUCACCAAGACUGCCAUUGUCACUGGAGCAGUGUCUGGAAUGGGACUUGCUCUUACACGUCACCUCCUGGCUAAGGCAGAUAAGAGCAACGGCACGGAACAGUGGAGGGUUGUACUGGCCGACAUCAACGAAGUAGGUUACGAAUCGAUCAAGUCUACGCUGGAACAAGAUCGUCAUAUCUUUGUACAUACCGAUGUGUCGAGGUUUUCAGACCAGUUGGAGUUAUUCAAGCGCGCUUUUGAAUGGUCGAACGGCCGUAUCGACUUCUUCGCCAACAACGCUGGCAUACCCGACCAACAGCCGCUGCUGGGCUGGCUCGGAAAUCCCAAGGCGGUCGAGAAUGAAGACCCCGUUGAGCCUGACGUCAGAUGCAUAGAUGUCGACCUGAAGGCUGCAAUCUACGGACUGAAGCUCUUUGUCCACUUUACCAGAAGGACUCGGAACCUGCUCAGCCGGCAGACUGCCGCAACCAUGGACGACAUCGGAAUCAACGGGGGGGAUGCCGCCAUCGGGGUGGCGGCGUCGCAUGAUUUCCACCCUAGGAUGGUCAUCACAGCUUCCAUGGCCGCCCAGUAUCCGUUUUAUAUCCUGCCCAUGUAUACGGCAGCGAAGCAUGGGUGCGUGGGAUUAGUGCGAGCUGCAGCACCAACACUGUUCCAAGACGACCGGAUUACCCUGAAUGCCAUCAUGCCCAGCACCACGAAGACAAACAUAAUUCCCAAGCCCAUACUCGAGCAAUGGCCCGAAGAGAAUUUUACUCCGCUGGAGACCAUUAUGCGAGCUUUCGAGGAGCUGAUCGAUGUAGAAGGACGGAUUGCCCAGGAUGGGUUGAGUGAUGGUCGAGAUGGUCAGGUCAAAAACGGGUGCUGUGUGGAGGCGUCGACGAAUCGCUUGUUCUACCGUGAUCCAGUCCCAUUCCCGAACGGGGUGCAGGAAUGGGUCGGCGACCAGUCGAGAAGAGAUGGAAUCUUAGGGACGUUCAUGCAGAAGGCGAUGAGCUCCAAGGCGAAUGGAUCUGCCCACUAG